GAGGUGGUUAUAAAGUGGUUGCCCUGUCGACCACCAUACAACGUCAUUGACUAUAUAUUGGGUAAAUACACUUGAUCACGCGCACGAGUCCGCCAACAGUUGUUCGCCUGUUACCCAAAGGAUCAAACUUAAGUUCAUAAUUUCCAUCAAAGAAUUCCUGAGUAAUUUCACGUCACAUGUUCCAAUGUUAUUACGUGCAGAAUUUAUGUGUUUUAUUGGAAUCCCACUGAUUUGCAAUAUAGAUUAUAACGUAAUGCAUUGAGUUAAUAUCAUAGAGCUACCAGGAAUAUACACACACGCACUAGUAUGCUGGAAAUAUUUCAGUGUUAUUAAUUCAAUAUACUUUAAUGUAAUGCCGCAUUGACAAAGUUGAAAACAUCUUACGACGGAAAUUCUGGUGUAGUUAAUAAUCAGCUUCUUUAACAUAUCGCUUACAGUGCUUGUCUAUCUGAAUGUGUUCGAGGGACUAACAUUGGACUUUUAAAGAAGAUUUAAGAAUUUCAGCGAUGCUACAGAUGGCCCUGUACCUGUUAGUGUUCCGGGUGAUACAUGAUCCAGUGACCUAAUAAUGUCAAAUCUAGCGUCGGUGUCAACUCGUGGGGUAACCACAACUCUUAAGGGGGCCAUGGGGCGUGGCCUUCCAGAUACACACGGACCAGUGGACAGGGAUACUAAUUAGUUUAGUCUGUGAGGCAGGUGAUAACGAAAGCUAAUUUAUGAGGUUUGUCUAUAUGAUGGGGCGACAAUAAGAUAGCAGGUGCUUUCUUAUAGUUACAAUACCUUAUAUUAUAAAUAGCAACUGUGGUUAAACAUCUAGUGUAGACACGUGGGCAGUGUCACUGAGCAUUAUUUCUUAAUCAUCCAACCUGGGACCUACAAUAUGACACUGUCCUAAGACUUGUUAUAACUGAACAAGAGCUAUCUUACAGUUAUCAAAAUUGCCAUUGAAUGUUUUAAACACAUGGAUGCUCCCCCUAUAACAAAACGCAGUGAAAACGUUGAAUGGGAAGUGAAUUCGGUAUUAAUGGAUAUGACAGAGCCUAAUGAUGGCUACAGAAUACAACAAUCAGGAUUAUAGAUGAAACAAAACGGAUUUCAUCACCAUAUCAUUUGGAGAUACGUGCGUGCCGCCGUAUGUGACAUGUAACGAUGAGCGACGAUGACAGCCAGUGACACGGAGACAGUAUGUACGGUAUAUGUUUUGGUGUACUGAACAUUGCGGUUUGGACGUUGUUUGUAGCCCGGGUGGAUACCGGGGUAGCACCAUACAGGUAUUCUCGGGGAGGGGCGCUCGUUUCUCAUCCCAAGAGUACGUCAAACGUCAGAAGGGUUAGAUCCAUGGAUCAGGAAUCAUCGCUCUCAGGGUAUAAAAUACGUGCCGGGGUCCCAAAAAACACUCCUGGGCCUCCGUCUAAACCACGCCUGUUCGACAUCAGAGUGAAAGUUUCGCGGGGUGGCCCGAAACCCGUGCUUGUGCUGGAUGUGAUGCCAUACCCGGCCCGUAUCUAUCAGAAUGCACCCCCUAAUACGCCAGUGUUGACAGUCACUGGCUACGACAAUGGGACGGGGGGGCCACUUGACGAGUUGGCACUAACUCAGCCAGAGGAGUCGUCCUACUUUAAGCUCCAUAGGUCCACUCCUUUGAGCUGGGUUUUGGUCACCCGACGAUAUAUAAACCAGCCCUUCAACUACACAUUCCACUUCCGGGUCUACGGUACUGUUGAGGGAGUCAUAAGGGACAAAGACGUCAUCAUUGACGUCGUAGAAGAGAACAUGUUCGCGCCGACGUUUGACCAGCCCCAGUACGACUUCCUCACUUACCGAAAAUCGUUUGAGAAGGGGAUUGAUCUCCUCGGGACAGUGCAUGCCGUCGAUAACGACACCCAGAUUUACAAUUCGUAUUUCCAGUACCGAAUCCUUGACAGAGAUGUGCGUCCAUACUUCAACAUCACGCCAAACACAGGAAAGAUCAUGAUCGUAGGAUCGUUUCCCGAAAGCAUUAGCCAGUAUACUUUCACUGUGACUGCCAUCGACUCAGGAUCGCCACAGAAACAAAGCUCGACCCGCGUCCGAGUCAACAUGACCGACGUACCACCACCGGAACUCUUCUGUGUGUCGGUGGAGGGACUCCAGGCUCGGAUUUGUUGGAAGGAUCCAACCAAUGGCGCUUACGUGGAACGGUAUCAAUUACAGAUAGCCAUGAACGACAAGAAUGUUACCAGCCACCCUGUGGUGAUCAGGGGAAAGAAAAAUGAGGUGUGUACCCAGGUACGAGCCACCCGACCAGACCGUUCUUACCGCUUCACAGUCAAGGUGUUCAACAACACCCACUGGAGUCCUGACAGCGUACAGAGACUCGUCAACAUCACCAGGAACGGUCUAUACGGGGAUUGUCACCUGUUCAGUGACUGUAGUGUGCUACAGCCCUGUGUUAAUGGUGGAACCUGUCGCACCCUCCCGGAUAUGUCAUAUCAGUGUGACUGUAGAGACGGCUAUAACGGACGUAACUGUACAGAGACAGACAUGUGCGUCCAAUCACCGUGUCAGAACAAUGGGUCGUGCACAUUUAUCUCACACGAACAGUUUAACUGCACGUGUCCGGUUCACUUUUACGGAGACACAUGCCAGUAUAUUAAUAGAUGUGUCUCCAAUCCGUGUCUUAAUACUGGAACGUGUUACUCAUAUUCAAAUGGAACAUCCGAAUGCGCAUGUCCAAAAACUUUCAUUGGAACGCAUUGUGAGAUUUACAAUUCUUGUCAUAAUUCGCCAUGCCAACAUGGAGGCAAUUGUUUUAGUCGUGCCAAUGGUACUCACGAGUGUUCCUGUGCUGAGGGUUACUAUGGGUCCAUGUGUGAAAAUACCAAUGUCUGCAUCAUUGCGAACCCAUGUCAUCAUGGGGGGAUAUGUAACUUUAUGGACGACGAUCUAUUUAAUUGCACAUGCGCUGGAGGGUUUAUCGGUGAAAAAUGUGAAACCGUGGACAUGUGUCAUUACAUGCAAUGUAGAAACAACGCAACCUGUGAGACCUUUAACGGGACGGAACCACGCUGUGUAUGUAGCCCCGGGUAUUGGGGGCGGGAGUGUCAAAAUAUUGACGCUUGUUUUGCAGAUCCUUGUCUUCACAAUGGAAUUUGUCAUAAUUACACGGACGGCACUUUCAAAUGCACGUGCGUUAAUGGUAACUACGGAGAUCGAUGUGAGCACACCGAUCUGUGCUAUUCUAGUCCGUGUAGUGUCGGAGGCACGUGUACAAGCACGUCCGAUACAGACUUCCUGUGUCAGUGCACACCCGAAAGAUACGGGAUGACAUGUGAAAAAAUUGAUGGAUGUAAAGCCAAAUUAUGUGAACAAGAUUCCAAGUGCAUUAAUAAAAGCGGUGACGGUGAGGUGGAAUGUAUAUGUAAGGAGGGUACGUACGGACAAUAUUGUGAGGAGGUCGACCCCUGCAGAAGUUCUCCCUGUAAACAUGGCAGUCGAUGUGUUAACGUCACUACUGAGGGUUACCAUUGUGUGUGUCCUCCGGGCUGGGUAGGUAGCACGUGCGAGGUGGCCGAUCAGUGUUCUUCAAUCCAAUGUCAAAACAAGGGUGUCUGCAAGUAUGGCAUCAAAGACGGGUCAUUCUACUGUGAUUGUAAAGAAAAUUUCGCAGGUAACAGGUGUGAAAAAUACAAUUUUUGCAAUCCAAGAAGUAAUAUGUGCCUGAAUAAUGCUUUUUGUCAAAAUGUGGAUCACCAAUUACACCAAAUCGUCAUCAACAGAACUGUCGCUAACGUCACCAAUUGGUACAGCUGUGAUUGCUCCAACGGUUACACGGGUCAGAAGUGUAACGUGACGAUUGAUCCCUGCAGCUUUUCACGAUGUGAUAAAGUUUGUGCGGGAAACAGUGUGUACCGAGAUAAGACGGGAAGAUACAUCUGGCGGGAGACUGGGCUGAGACAAAAUGUCUCUAUGGCCUGUCCGUAUGGGGCCCAUCCCCACCAUCCGUUGCCUUUCGCGUCCAGGCCAUGCAACAGGAGUCCGUCUGGUCAUGCGUACUGGGGACAGCCGGACACGACAGCAUGUAGAGAGUUGACUGCUGCAGAGGCGGAAAAAAGAUUGCUGGAUCUAAUGGCCUUCACCCAUGACCCCAGCCACCUCACUGCUGAGGUCGUUAUCAACGCCACAGACAUCCUGGAAAAUCUCCUAGUGUUCGCCUUUGAUGAUGACGAGAUAGCAGAGGAGGUGACGAGGGUGGUUAGUAACCUGCUGACCGCCACAGAGUCCGUGUUGAUAGAGAGUAACCACAGAAAUCACUCCAGUGAAAGAUUGAUAAAGCUAUUAGAGGACUUCACUAAGGAAGUGAAGACAGAGACUAACGUUUCCAUAACAACAGAAAACAUCAACGUCAUGGUGGUGAAUUUUUCUCUCCCUCACAAUGCCAACAACGAUACUGCGGCGUUCCAAUAUCAACCCGUCCUGGAGAAUAGCCAAAACCAAUCAGGCUUGCAUGGUGUGAAAAUGGCUUUACCAAAAGAGGUUUUUGAUGUUGCUGGCAACAAAAAUGUCCGACUCGAGUUUGUAUCCUACCGCACAUCUGCCUUCUUUCUUCCUGAUGACUCUCCGCCGGAACAUAUAGUCCUCAAACAAAGAGUCAUAUCAGCUACUGUCCACAACACCGACAUAAGCGGCCUCAACUUCCCCAUCGACUACUCCGUACCAAACAUAGAAAUCGGAAGUAACCAUACAUGCGUAUACUGGAAAACAGAGAAUCGUACGUGGUCAAGCAUAGGGAUGGAAACUGUGUCAACAGGAGGUCAUGUGACCGAUUGUCGAGCCUACCAUCUCACUAGUUUUGCCGUCCUACUGGACCCGACACCGAACAUGGUUUUAUCUGAAGACCAUGACAAAGCACUGACUUCCAUAUCUUAUAUAGGUUGCGCGAUUUCCAUAUUUGGUUUGACAUUCACCAUCGUCACUUUCUCCAUUUUCAGGUCUUUGAACCGUGAGCGUUCCGGGAAGAUCCUGUUGAACAUGUGUGUAUCCAUGUUGAUGCUGAACGUGUCAUUCCUGUUGAUGGCGGAGACGUCCCAGUCGGACGGUGAGGGGCUGUGUAUCGCUGUUGGAGUCCUCAUCCACUAUUUCUUGUUGACAACACUAACAUGGAUGUGCACGGAGGCCAUAAACAUGUAUCAGGCUCUCAUCAAGGUUUUCACCAAGUACUCAUCUUAUUUCAUCCUCAAGCGCUGCGUCGUUGCCUGGGGACUCCCGGCAGUAGUGGUAGCCGUUACGAUGGGGGUUAAUAACCUCGACAACUACAGAUCCAAAGGACAAUUGUGCUUCAUAUCACAAUCGAACACGCUGGCAUUCUACAUUACAUUACUUGGUCCAGCCUGCUGUAUUCUCAUCAUUAAUACCAUAGUAUUCACGUUGGUUGCUCGUGUCAUCAUGAAGCCAAAGUUCAAAGGUCACAGUCCUGCUGGGGAGAAGAACGAAAAGGUGACCCCAGCUCAGGUGCGCGGAGCUUUCACCGUUAUGGUCCUGCUUGGUAUCACGUGGGUGUUCGGUCCUGUCGCCAUCAAGGAGUCCAAAAUUGUGUUCUAUUACCUAUUUACCAUCCUCAACUCUUUGCAAGGAUUUCUUAUAUUUGUGUUCCGAUGUCUUUUCAACACUGAAGUUCGUUCAGCUUGGGUGCUGCUGAUAAAAACUGGAAAAUUCAAACGCAGGAGGGGUCCAAUCAAAUCAAUUGUUGAAUCCUCAUCAAAGGGCUACCAUGACAACCGGAUGAACGGAAGUUACGUGGAUAGUAACAAUACAGACAAAUCUAAUAUCGGUAAUAGUAAUGUUAUCAGCAAAAACAAUUUAAAAAACGAACGAUACAAAAAUAAUGGUAACGUUCAAAAGUACAAAAACGGGAAUAUGCCGAAUGACGACAGGCGAACGAGCAACGAGAGCAGGGGCAGUAACGACCGUCGUCAUAGCGGCGACAGACGGAGCAGUUACGACCGUAGUCAUAGCGGCGACAGACGGAGCAGUAACGACCGUAGUCAUAGCGGCGACAGACGGAGCAGUAACGACCGUCGUUAUAGUGGUGACAGGAAAAUAUCAAACCCUUCUAUAUUUACGCAGUUCUGAACAAAACAAAAUCCCAAUAUACCGUGACAACUUUCUAUUGCAGGUAUUAAAACCAUCUUCUCAAGACAGUUCCCGAAACUCUGAACAGAGUAUCUUCCGAUAAUGGCAAGUUGCGCAAUCGGUUCGACAUGGAAGUGUUUAAUGUAUUAAAUGCAUUUGUUAUUUGUUUUCACCUUGUGUUAUUCAGAAAUAAUUUGUAUAAAUUUGGCGUUCUCUAUUAUCAUAUACAGUUGUUAUCAAUGAUUUAUCAUGUUUUAAAUACGCUUUCUUUUUGAAUUAUUAUGAAGUCAGGCUGCAUAACAUUGAGCCUGUAUACAGUUCUACUGAUUUCCAAUGGACUUUUUGUGCCAAAGUGUAUCUCACUUAUGUUUAGAUAUUAUUACCGUUCGCAUUUUAAAUUAUUAUCUUUUUGCAUGCAUUUAUAGGCUAUAUCAGUGUUAGAAACGAAGACACAGUUGUUGUUGUUUUUUCAUAUGAAAGAUGGGUUGUUGUUUUUCAAGUGAAAUAUAUUUAAUAUAGUUGUGUCUUAAGACAGCUGAAUCCACUUGCAUCAAACAUAACAAGGUUUGAAUUAUGUAGAUGAAAUAUAGAAGCUACAUUUGCAAAAAAAAAUGAAAUAUAUUAUAUUAACAUUUUAGUUUAUUUUUUCAACUAAUGUAUUAUCUGCGGGUCAUCAUUUUGCAUCGAAAGAUGUACGUAUUUUAUGUUUUGAUUUAAUCAUUAUCGAAAAUAGCACUGACUAAAAUUGUAUCUUUAUUUGUCGGAAAACUAUGAACUUGAUACAAACGAGUCCUGGUCAUUGUCAUAUCGUAAAUAGUUGUUAAUUGUGAAAUCGAGUUUGCUUGUUGGAGUAGCCAAUGUAGAAUACAAUUGAAAAUGACCUUUGAACAAUACUUUGAAUUCGAUGUAAGAAGUUAUAUGUGUAUUCAAUGGGCUCCCAUCGUAUUCCUUUUUAUCAACUACGAUGGUAUAUUUUGCGGUACACAAAUUCGGUAGAUUGUAUGAAUUUAUUUGCUCUGGUAAUAUAAAUGGUCAAUAACAGUGUUGGAUCGAUGUACCACAAUAAUUUGGACACGAGGGAUGACUUCGGACCGUAUAUGUAUAUCAACCAAAGAUUAACUGUCUCAUGAACUCGGCCAUGAUACAUAUACCUACUUUUAUUUUAAGAUUCGUUUGAACAACGAACUAUCAAAAUCUGCUGUUCUAUAUCUGCGUUAACUACAAUGCCCCAACUAUAACAUGUCUGUAGUACUGUAGAUUUCAUAAUUAGAUGGAAACGUUGGCAAAAUCGUUGAUUGACUAAUAUUGUAUUUGUCAGGUUAAGCAUGCAUGAGCCGCAGACGGAUAAACAAAAGCAUUAAUGUCAAUAUUUCUAUGAGAGGCACAGUAGUCUAGUGGUUAGGACGCCGGGCUCGUGACCGAAGGGUUUUGGGUUCGAGUCACGCCACGG